AUGACAACGCUCACUGGUGAGAAACACUACGAGUGUAAUGAGUGUGAGAAACAUUUCUGUAGUGUCUCAUCCUUUUCAACACAUGUGAGAAAACCUGAAUGUAAAGAAUGCUGUGAAAUAUACAGUUCUUCCUCCCUUGUUUUAUAUAAAAAUUUUCAUACCAGAGAUAAACCUUAUGAAUGUAGGGAAUGUGGGAAAGCCUUUAGUGUGGCCUCAUCCCUCACUAAGCAUACAAGAACUCACAAUGGAGAGAAGCCUUAUGAAUGUAAGGAAUGUGCGAAACCCUUUACAUGUUCCUCAAACCUUAUUAAGCAUUUAAGAACUCACAGUGGAGAGAAGCCUUAUGCGUGUAAGGAAUGUGGUAAAGCCUUUAGUGUGGCCUCAUCCCUCACUAAACAUGUAAGAACUCAUAGUGGAGAGAAGCCUUAUGAAUGUAAGGAAUGUGGGAAAUCCUUUAGUGAAGCCUCAUCCCUCACGAAACAUAUAAGAAAUCACAGUGGGGAGAAGCCUUAUGAAUGUCAGCAGUGUGGGAAAGCCUUUACCAGUUCCUCAAACCUUACUAAACAUAUAAGGACUCAUAGUGGUGAGAGGCCUUAUGAGUGUCAGGAAUGUGGGAAAGCCUUUAGACAGCUCUCAGCCCUCACUACGCAUUUAAGGACUCACAGUGGAGAGAGGCCUUAUGAAUGUAAGCAGUGUGGGAAAGCUUUCAGUCUGUCCUCACACCUCACUAGACAUAUUAGAACUCAUAGCGGUGAGAAGCCUUAUGAAUGUAAGGAAUGUGGGAAAGCUUUUAGGCAGCUCUCAGCCCUCACUGCACACAUCAGAACUCACAGUGGAGAGAAGCCUUUUGAAUGUAAAGAAUGUGGGAAAUCCUUUAGUCGAGCCUCACACCUCACUAAACACAUAAGAAGAACUCACAGUGGAGAGAGGCCUUAUGAAUGUAAGGAAUGUGGGAAAGGCUUUAGUGAUUCUUCAGCCCUCACUAUACAUAUAAGAACUCACACUGGAGAGAGACCUUAUAAAUGUAAGGAAUGUGGGAAAGGCUUUAGGCAGCUCUCAUCCCUCACUACACAUAUAAGGACUCACAGUGGAGAGAAGCCUUAUGAAUGUAAGGAAUGUUGGAAAGCCUUUAGCCAUGCCUCAUCACUCGCUGAACAUAUGAGAAUUCACAGUGGAGAGAGGCCUUAUGAAUGUAAGGAAUGUGGGAAACGCUUUACUCAUGCGUCAUCCCUCAGUACACAUAUUCGAAUCCACAGUAAAGAUAAGCCCUAUGAAUGUAAGGAAUGUGGGAAAUCCUUUAGUCAGGCCUCACACCGCAGUAAACAUAUAAGAAGAACUCACAGUGGAGAGAGGCCUUAUGAAUGUAAGGAAUGUGGGAAAGCCUUUAGUGAUUGCUCAGCCCUCAAUAAACAUGCAAGAACUCACACUGGAGAGAGACCUUACAAAUGUAAGGAAU